AUGCUGGACUGGAGAUUGGCAAGUGCACAUUUCAUCUUGGCUGUGACGUUGAUGCUAUGGAGCUCAGGAAAAGUGCUUUCAGUGGAUGUAGCAACAGAGGCCUUUGAUUCUGGAGUCAUAGAUGUGCAGUCAACACCCACAAUCAGGGAAGAGAAAUCAGCUACUGAUCUGGCAGCAAAACUCUUGCUUCUUGAUGAAUUAGUGUCCUUGGAGAAUGAUGUGAUUGAGACAAAGAAGAAAAGAAGUUUCUCUGGUUUUGGUUCUCCCUUAGACAGACUCUCAGCUGGCUCUGUAGAGCAUAAAGGUAAACAGAGGAAAGUAGUAGAUCAUUCAAAAAGGCGAUUUGGUAUUCCCAUAGAUCGGAUUGGCAGAAACCGGCUUUCAAGUUCCAGAGGCUAA